CUGACCAGUCUCCCGGAAAGAAUCGUCCCAGUAUUUGAAACGACUAGAGGAAGAUGAAUUAUCUUGGUUUACUUUUCUCUAUUGGCUUGCUAAUAACAGUUAAGCUUAAUGAGUUUUCCUGGGCCGCAACGACUUUCAAUAAAACCACGGUGAAAAAUUACAAUGGAUUUGGGCACCUAAACCAGCAAGCAGAAAAGCGUGUGCAGCAAUGUGAUCUUGACAGUUUCUCUUUGGGUCAUCAAAAACCAAUUUUUCCAGAAAAAGCAACAACCAUUUCCAUUUGCCAGAGCGGUCACUUUGCCACCUUUUACGAUAGAGAUUUGGGAAUACCUCGUUACGCAGUAUAUAUGCUUACAGACGACGAAGUGAAAAAGUUUAAAUCGUUUGUGAGACCUUCGAGUGACCCAUGGUCUCAAACUCCAGGUAUUACCCGUCAGGGAAGUAAUCUCCUGUAUGAGGGAUCCGGAGGGUAUUAUCAUAGAGGUCAUAUAGUCCCUUUUGAAACUUUAUCCUACAGUGAAGGAAGUGGGCUUGCUUCUUUUACCUACACCAAUUGCGUGCCACAGGUCGGAAGUUUUAACACAGGACAGUGGCGAGUAUAUGAGGCUAAAAUACGGAAAUAUGCCGGGAUGUGUACUUCAGAAGACGGGAUUCUCUUCCUUAUCACGGGUACAUCAUUUGUUAGACUUGUAACCAAUCCUAAAACCCACGAACAUGAGCCGGAAUUGCCACAUUCUAUCAUGGCGUUCCCUAACAAGCCAGGCAUCGUACAAUCACAAAAAAUAGCAAUCCCUAACUCGAUGUGGACAGCUGGCUGUUGUUGGAGUGCAACGAAAGGCAUCGUUACGGGAGCGUUUGCUGUGAUAGGUAACAAUGAUGGAAACAAAGAAUUGAAUAAGAAAAUCAUGGCCGACCAAAACCUAGCAGAUGUCGAACAAGUCCUUCAAAAAGAAAAUCCAAAGAUUAAACUGUUUCCAGGGGACAAGGAUUGCUAUGAGCCGACCAAUCAGGUUACUCUUUAAAAGUAUUUUGAAAAGAAAUGGUUAUACAGUUGAACCUCGAUGACCCGGAUUCUCGAUCAUCCGGAAUUUUCUCUGGUCCAAAUUUUUUCAUGAAUAUUUAUUAGUCAUGAUCAAAAUCCGUAGCUAUAUUUUUUUUUUUAAAACUACAACGUUGAGGGGUGAAGUAAAGGCGAUGUUCUUCUUUAGGACAACUUGACUUACUUUAACAUUUUAGGCUAAUGUAAAAACAUUUCUCCUUAAUUUCAAUUGUUAAUACACACGUGUGGAGGUAGUCAAGUAGGACAGUGAAGAUGUAGACCACAUCUUUUUCAAAAUGAUUUGUAAUUGUUUUGUUUCAGGAUUAAAUGUCGCUUUCCUAAUUCAA